GCGUAGCAGAUCACACGCGCGGGCACGGUCGUCUAAUAAAUUACAAUAUUCUUUCAUUUGAUGUUUAUUUUAUACUAAUUUGUGAAAAAGUCGGUAGAGUACCUUCCAUUACUACAACUAAAGUAAUGGCGUCGUGCCGUGCAGCGGCUUGCGUUGCUGCGUUGGCAGCGGUCUGCUGUGCCCUCCCUCAUACGGUCUACGCUCUGGACCUCAACCGGCUCUAUGGUCACCAUACCAAAAGAUCUGAAUACUGUCACCCAUACGAGCCCUUCAAGUGUCCUGUGGACGGUAACUGUAUCUCGAUACAGUAUCUCUGCGAUGGAGCCCCUGAUUGCAUCGAUGGGUAUGACGAAGACUCCAAAUUGUGUACUGCAGCAAAACGACCACCUGUAGAAGAGACCGCAUCAUUCCUACAAUCGCUAUUGGCAUCCCACGGACCUAAUUAUUUGGAGAAACUGUUUGGCAGCAAGGCAAGAGAUGCAUUGGAGCCGCUAGGUGGUGUUGAAAAGGUCGCCAUUGCUCUCUCAGAAUCCCAGACAAUCGAGGACUUUGGGGCAGCGCUUCACCUAAUGCGGUCAGACCUGGAACACCUCCGCUCCGUAUUUAUGGCAGUUGAGAACGGGGACCUCGGCAUGCUCAAAUCUCUCGGCAUCAAGGACUCCGAGCUGGGCGAUGUCAAAUUCUUCCUGGAGAAACUAGUUAACACCGGUUUUCUCGACUGAAUAGCACCGGAGUCUGCCUCUGAAUACUACCACGUCGUCCAAUUUGCCCCCCUAAACCCCUCCUUCUACAGCUACCUUCCUUAUGAUUCCGUGAAGUACAGAAGAAAGUAAAGCUUCUAUCAUUUCCAUAAUCCUGUGCGAAUGUUGAUUAUAUGUGUCCGUGUUAAAUUCAUAUAGAAAUGUCGGAAGAACUGUUAGUGAUCAGAAGCGACUUCUGCAACCGGCCACGUAGACUCGGUCUGAUUCUAACAGUGUUUUCCCGCGCAUUGCUUCGUAGAAUGAGAUAAACAAGAAUAUUGAUUUUCUAAUUGCCUUAGACUAGGUAUAUUUUUGUAUAGAUAAUUGCAUCGUUAAUUAAAGAAACGUUUCAACGUUUUCUCAAGUAUUAAGUAUUUAAUUAGACAAUAGGUUAUGUCGGGGACUUCUCGCGUCAUCGUUAUUCAAUAUGCGUGUUGCAACAAUAUUUCAAGAGAGUCGGAAAGACUUAGAGCAUCGCGGCUCCUGCAAAUAUGGUUUGGUAGAUAAAUCUACUGCAUACUUGACUGACGAGCCUGGCUAUAACCUAUUGGUUGUCAUAUGGGUGUGAUUGUAUAGAAUGUCGCCCCUUUGGUGAUAUCUUCUCCCUAUAUUGUCUAUGAGUCAGAGGCGACUCCGUAGCAAACGAACGUCCAUUCUAAGCGAGAUAUAAAGCUAAAAGUCGGUUAAUUUCGUUCGUGUGAAAUUCCUUAGAUUAUAAAUUAUUAAGAAUCGUUGAAAGAAUGUAUGCGCUUUAUAUCUGGCUUUUUGAAAAAUCCAGAAUAGGACCAUGGAUUACAUAUCAUUGUAAACUUAGACGUAGGAUAAAUUACAUAUCAUAGAUUAUAAUCAGUAGUGAAUAAAGUAUAUUUAUUUUAAUAUGAUGGGUAUUGUAGUGUUUAUGAAACAUUUUAUAGAUCCCUUUUAGUAGGUGUUUUGUCAUUGAAUUAUAGUUAUUUGAAGCAUAUAACGGUGCUGCACAUCCCAAACAUAUCAGAAUUAUGUGAUUGAUAAAUGUUAGAUUA